AUGGGGCCCGACUGGAGAGCGAGCCCCUGUGUUUUGAGCAUCUUCAAAACGCGAACCCCACAGGUUGAAAACUGCUUGUCCGAGCUCAACUCGACCCUUGACGCAUCGGACAUGCCGCUGAGACUCUCUGCAAUCUUUGACGAAAAUUCAACGUCAGUGACCGGACCAGGACGCAGUCUGGACAAGCUCAAAUCCACCAUCUCUUCACUUCCAGAGCCUGGCACAUGUCGUUGGGCGCACGUGCACGGCUUUUACCACGGUGGUGAUGAGAUGAAGCAGGUAUCAGAUCAAGUCAAAAAUGACAUUUGCGGCAUCGAGUUCCCCAACUGGCCUGUGCUCCAUGCUUCGCUGAGGUCCACGGCCACAGGGCAAAUAUUUCAAGCCAACGACAAAAGUGUAUCACUUCUCAGCAGGGCUGUUGAAAACAUAUUUUGCGACUUUGUUGACUGGAAGCUCACCUGGGAGGCAGCUAUGGCGGACUAUGCCAAGAAAACCCGCCAUGACUCGAAUGCUACAAUUCGAGUCAUCGGAAUAGGGCCCUCUGCCAAGUCUUUGCUGGGCGCAAACAAGGACAAGAUCCGUGAUGCUGGAAUACAAGUCAUCGGGCAUUUGUCAGAGGAGUUAGACAUGAUUGUGGACGAUGACAUUGCCAUUGUUGGUGUAUCUGCCAACUUUCCUGGAGAAAAGGGGCUUGAUGGGUUCUGGAAUAUCAUCAGCGACGCCCGAAGUUGCGCUACUGAGAUCCCAGGCUCCAGGUUCAACGUCUCCGACUAUCACCAGCCCAACAGCGGAGCCCCCAAUACUCCCCGACAGAUGGGUUCCAAGCAUGGCAACUUCCUCGACAAUCCUUUCACCUUCGACACGGAGUUUUUCAACAUUUCUCCAAGAGAGGCCAAGUCUAUGGACCCGCAGCAGCGUCUCCUGCUGCAUGCUGCUGUUGAAGCCCUAGAUGAUGCAGGAUAUUCGCCUGGGGCUACCCCUAGCUUUCAGCAAGCCUCCUUUGGAGUUUACGUCGGUGCAGCUACGGGUGACUAUGUAGACAAUCUGCGGGAUGAAAUCGACGUCUAUUACAGCCCAGGAACUUUACGAGCAUUUCUGAGCGGUCGCAUCUCGUACGCCUUUGGCUUCAAAGGUCCCUCCGUCGUCACUGAUACCGCAUGUUCAUCAUCUCUGGUCUCAAUUUAUCAUGCCUGCAAAGCCUUGCAAUCCGGAGAUUGCACUGCCGCGCUGGCGGGUGGCGUAAACGUCAUCUCAAGCCCUGAUAUGUACCUUGGCCUUUCCAGAGCUCACUUUUUGAGCCCCACGGGCCAGUGUAAGCCCUUUGACGCUGAGGCAGACGGUUAUUGCCGAGCAGAAGGUUGUGCUUUGGUCGUUCUCAAGAAACUAUCUCAAGCCCGAGCAGAAGGCGAUCAUAUCUAUGGCGUCAUCCGAGGCAUCGGCGUCAACCAGUGCGGAACUGCGAAGUCCAUAACGCACCCAGAUUACAAAACGCAGGCUGAGCUCUUCUCGCAAACUCUCCAGCUGAGUAGGCUGAGCUCCGCAAGCAUCGAUGUUGUCGAGGCGCAUGGUACAGGCACACAAGCUGGCGACUUUGCCGAGGUGUCAAGUUUAUCCUCUGUUUUCAAAGGACGUCCAGCAGACAAUCCGCUGCAUCUGGGUUCUGUCAAAGGAAACAUCGGCCACGUCGAGGCCGCGUCAGGCAUCGCUGGUCUCAUCAAACUUCUCCUUAUGAUGAAGCAUGAAACCAUUCCUCAACAGGGAUCUUUCCAGACGUUGAAUCCUAGGCUGACUCCCCUAGCCAACGAGCACAAUCUCGUAGUCCCAAGCAGUCCCCGCAAGUGGACAAGGACCAAGGGUCACCCUAGACGAGCGCUUCUGAACAAUUUCGGCGCUGCUGGUUCAAACGCUGCGCUGAUUCUUGAGGAAGCCCCUCGCGAAGCCUCGCCUACCAGGGCGUCGAUAUCACAACGCAGCCAGCAUCUACUGACAAUGUCCGCGAGGAGCGCCAAAGCUCUGGAGCGCUUGAGAUCAGACUACGCCUCUUUCCUUCACAAAAACCGACAUUUGCACGAAAGGGAUGCUAUUAUCUUGGUUCAGUGUGCAUGCUUCGUAUUGCAGUAUGCGUUGACGCGGCUCUUGCAGAGCUUUGGGUUGACCCCCGACCUUGUUUUGGGUCAUAGCAUUGGAGAGUAUGCCGCACUCGUCACUGCAGAGGCCCUUGGGCUGAAUGAUGCCUUGCUGUUUGUUGCUAGGAGAGCAGAACUGAUGGUAAACCACUGCGAGGCAGGGGAGUCUGGCAUGCUGGCAUGUCGAAUGUCUCCUCCAGAUGCCUCACAAUUCCUUCAAAACCGGUUCACUGCGUCGACUGACGAGUUAGUUGUGGCAUGCCACAACAGCCCAGAGGACUGUGUUAUUGCCGGUCCUACCGCACGCCUCAUACAGGUUUCUGAGGUGUUCAAGGCCGAGGGCGUCAAGAGCAAGCUGCUGAAUGUCUCCUAUGGAUUCCAUUCACCUUUCAUGAAUGCCAUAACGCCCAGUCUGAGGAAUGUCGCCUCAUCCAUGGCCAUCCGUCGGCCUAACAUACAGGUUGGCUCCAGUGUUCUCGGACAGCUGAUACAAGGACACGAAAUCCUUAGUCCUGACUAUUUUGUCAACCAGACAAGCCAUCCAGUCUUGUUCAUGGAGCUUCUGGCAGAUAUCCAGUCCAAGACUUUACAAACAACUCUGCAAGUGAUAGAGAUUGGACCAUCGACCUCAACAAGUUCUAUGUUGAAGUCGUCUUUCACGAAAAUCCCAUAUUCGUACUCACCAUCGCUGCGACCAUCCGAGUCCCCUUGGAAAACGAUCACAUCCGCACUUCAAGGCCUUUACCAGUCAGGGCAGGACCUUAACUGGGAUGCAGUCUUCAGAGACGAGUCACCACGCUUUUUGAAGAAGGUGCCGUCCCAAGUUCUUGAUGGCAACGAGUAUGUGGUUCGAUAUCAUGAGCCAAUGUCCACAAACAAGCCUACUAAGGACGUGGAUUCCGACUUGUCCUCAACUGGCUUCGAAUUGUUGGCCUCAUCUGCCAUGACCGCUCUCAAAGAUGGGUCAAGCAUUUUUCAUGUCCCGAUUGCUAGGUUCUCGAAACUUAUCGAGGCACAUGCUGUUGGGGGCGUCCCGCUCUGCCCAGCAUCUGUCUACCUCGAACUGGCCUUAGAGGCGCUUUCAGUGAUCAACACCACCUUCAACGCCCCGAGAUGGUACUCAGUCGACGAUGUCUGCUUCGAACACCCUUUGGUGUUCUCAAAGGUCAGGUCAGACGUUGUGGAAGUCAAAAUACAGUCGACUGGGCAAACCGCUUCUCUUGGAUCAUCCCGUUUCUCCAUUUCGAAUCGCGACCAUGGCCACCUCAACUGUUCCGGUUUUAUCUCACCCAUGGUUGAACAGUCUAUCGAGGAGCUCUUUAUGGUGAAAAGUGCGUACGUCAGGAAGCAAAAGGCCAUUUUAUUCCAGCUCGCAGCUUCCAACACCCUGGAGACGUUUACUUCUCGAACAAUUUACGAUGUCAUAUUCCCUCGCGUUGUAUCAUAUUCGGAGCCAUUUCGGACCCUCAAACAUCUUACGAUCAGCUCGUUUAGUUGGGAAGGCUACGGCACGUUCCAGCUCUCCACUACUCCGCAGUCCGGCAAAUUUGUCUCCCCACCCCCGUUCGUGGACACCAUGCUACAUGCAGCAGGGUUUAUUGCCAACGCCAAAGCGGAUGUCAAAACAGCAUGCAUAUGUGUGAAUCUUGGCCGCACCGUGCUUCCGGAUAUGUCGAAACUUCAACCAGGUGGCCAAAUGGACAUCUACUGCAGCCUACUCGAUGUGGGUGACAGCACUCUGGCAGAUGCAUAUGUUCUCGAUCAAGACGGCCAGAUCGUUUCAUUCGCGGAAGGAAUGCGUUUCAAGAAGAUUCGCCUGAGCUCUUUUCAAGCUGCCUUGUCCCGUGCAACGCAGACAGAAGGCAAAACUAGAAUCGAGUCGUUGCCCAAACAGGUUGAGGGACUGCUCAGGAAUCCGAAGCCCCCAAACAGCUCAAAGUUGCAGAUACAGGCACCCCCGACGCCGUCCGAAUCUAUGGCAGAGGUCGUGAAACAGAUGGUUCAGUCUGUGUGCGGCGUUUCUUUGGAUUCAUCCUCCGGUCGAACGUUGACCGAGCUGGGCAUUGACAGCUUGCUAUUUAUUGAGUUGUCACAGGCCAUUGCGUCGCGUUUCCCAAAUCUCGUUGUGUCAACGGGCGAGAUCGAAAGAUGCCAGACUAUGAGCGACCUGAUUCAGCUACUGGCCAAGGCUCAAGGACAUGAUGAUGUUUCCAUGGCUCUGCCACCCUCGGUGUUAUUAGAUCACCUGGCACCUGAGGGCAACAACCCGCCGUCACCACCAACAGAGCCUGUGGGAACCGAUGUUGCGUCCGAGGUUCGGGAGCUGUUCGUUGACAUCUGUGGGAGGUCCAUUACCGUUGAUGACAAGGAUGCAAGUCUUGCUUCUCUUGGGGUGGACUCCUUACUUUCCAUCGAGCUCAUCCACGAACUCCGCCAUCGAUUCGGGUUGGAUCUUGAGGCGCUGCAGUCCACCAUCUCAGAUAUGAGCAUCAACAACAUCGAGGCUCUAUAUGCUGCGAACAUUUCAUCUUCGAGUAAUGAUGUUUCGUACUCUGGCGACAUCCUUGGUUCCUUUCCUGACCAGUCCUGCAACCUCGCAGAGCCAGAACUGCCCCUCCAAAAAGUAAACGAUCAACGAGGUGCCACCGACAUUUUUUCACAUUUUAUCCCAUCAACCUUCCCUCAAAUUCUACAAACUAUCGACUCUGACAUAGCGCCCUACAAGUCACCUCUCUACUUGUUUCACGAUGGCAGCGGAUUAUCGAGCAUGUACGCUCGCGUGAAACCCCUCGGACGGUCUGUCCGAGGCAUCUUCAGUCCCGAUGUCCCUGCCAUUGACCCUGCAAUUCAGUCCAUGCAAGAGCUGGCAUCCCGAUACAUUAUGCAAGCAAAUUUGAUGUCUGAGAAUAGACCAAUUCUCUGUGGCUGGUCGUUCGGUGGCGUGCUAGCGCUCGAGGUCUCCCACCAACUGCAGCAGCGCGGAAACUCGCCAAGGGGCAUCAUUCUCAUCGAUUCUCCCUUGCCAAUUGAGCAUGAGCCCCUGCCUGAGGAGAUCAUCUCUCGUGUUGUCAGAAAAUUUCCGAGCCUGCACGAAUCAGGGGCUGCAGCAAAGGUGCGAUCUUGCGUCGAGGCCCAGUUCCGUCGUCAUGCAGGACUCUUGAAAGGAUACAGCCCUUUACCUCUUAGAGGUGACGUUCCUUGCGUUUCCAUUGUCUGCAAGAAGACGAUCGAUACCCAAGCGCUUUGCGGCGUUUCGUAUCCCUGGCUCUCCGAUAGUGGCUUUCGAGACAAGUCAUUGAAGGGCUGGGAGAGACUCCUUGGCCGUGAGAUCCCCGUUUUAGAGAUUGACUGCAACCAUUUUGAAGUGUUUGACGCGCCGAAUAUCGACGAGGUCUCCGCACGGCUGGAGAGAGCGUGUGAGAUACUGGACAGAGUUGAAGAAUAG